UCAAGUCACGCGACUGCUGGCCAUAGACACUCUGCCGACAAGCAGCGCGAGGCAUCUUCUGAAUCAUCACCUGCGUGGAUACGCCUACACUGCUCUUUGGCUUUUCGCAAGAGAGGAAGCUGGGUGUGGGAUUGUGUCCCGAAUUCUUCCACAAGAUGCCGCCUGUGAAGCUGACGCCCAAUCAGCAAAGGAUCAGGGUCAUGGUGGUCAGCUUUCCCUUUCUCGUCGCAACCUCUUGGGUUCUCUUCAAAAGGCUGUACUUGGGCGAAGAGCAAAGAAAGCUGCCGAGGGAUGGUAGAGAUGGACAUUUGAUCGAUUUCAGCACCUCUGCUUUGAAACCGGGAGAAGAUGGGAAGCGCAAGAGCGCCUGAAUGCUUGCUUCUCAGCUGGGUCACGACUUGUCGCAAGAUGAGGGAAGCAUGCGUUGACGUCAAAGAUGGUCGUGAAGAGGCGCUCUGCUCUCUCGAGACCGCAAUCA